AGAUGGGAUUUUUCCCGUCACUUAUAUUAUUGUUAUUAUUAUCAUCAGCAGAUGUUUGUCAGACUUAUAAAGCACUGUCUACAUCGCCAAGUGCGCACAACAUCCAGUCCGCGAUUCAAUUCACCACUAAAAACGAAAGCGAAGUUAUAUCUAACUUUCAGUUUUGGAUUAAACAGAGUGAACUUCCGGUUUUAUCUGAGGGGGCGCCAAGAUACUUUAUGAACAUCGAGACUUGACUCAUUAAAGAAUUCGAUUUUUCAGUUGACUGGCUGGAUAUAAUUUCCACAAGGCAAAGAACGACGACACAUCAUGCACGAUUACAGUAAACCUUCGGGAAAAAAGCGAUUGCGCUUCAAAGAUUGGUUGAUUGAGAGGCUUGACACCGGCGAAAUUAGAGGGGUGCAGUGGAUUGAUCGAGAACGAGGAUUGUUCAAAAUACCCUGGGUGCACGGAUCUCACAAAAACUGGAACCUAAAUGAUGUUGAAAUAUUUCGUCAGUGGGCUAUUUACUCUGGAAAAUACAAUCCGACAGACCGGAGACCUGAUGCUAUCAAGUGGAAAACGAACUUUAGAUGCACGUUGAAUGCUCUUCCCGAUUUCAAAGAAAUCGAAGUUCGCGAAGAAAGCUCCCCUCGAGGACCCAAGAGGUAUAAGAUCUACAGUUUGAAAAACAAAGGCAAGGUAAAGAAGGGGCAGAACGAGCUUGGAAAGGAAGAAAAAAGAACUGACGCAUUUGCUCUGACAGACAAAGAAAUAGUUCAGAUGGUGGACGAGAUGAUGACUCCUGGACCUAUCACGAGACCUGCAUUACAGAAGCCCUUGUUGAUUACUCGAGCUCGUCCAAACGCAACCUAUCCUGCUUUCGAGACACUUGUGCUGGGAAAAUCAACAGAGACGUUUCCUUUUUCUUACACACCGUGGUUCUUGGCGGCAUGGAAUGCUAUGGCAGUGGACCUACACGUGGAGAAACCCGAAGUGGAAAAAUCUGCUCAGGAAAGUGUCGGCGAGGGAAAUGACUCCUCAGAGGGAUCCGCCGAGGAUGGUGAAUAAGAAGGAGCUUGCACAAGCCUUGCAACGCGGUCGGCCUAAUAGCUUAAAACCGAGACAGUGUCAAAACAAGCGCAAAGAUCAUUAUAGUGAAUCUUCUUACAUAUAGUUAUGUGUAAAAUUUUAGAUGCUAGCGUAGAGGUAGAGUAGAGUAGACAAUAUGGUAGUCAUUCGUAGUGUAAGGAGUAUUUAGAUUCUGAUCGCCUUUGGGAGACCGUGAAAGGAAGGGGGUUACAAAACCGCUGACAAUGGUUCGAAAAUAAUCAAAAGCGUCGGAGACUAAAGAUAACUUAGAAAGUGAAGUUAAUGCGAGAAAAUUAAUUUUUCAGUUCAUUAAAAACAACAGGAUUCAAGAUUUGAAAAACGGGCUGGGUUGCCAUGGAAACAUCAAGAUCCUUGACCAAUGGUAUGAACCCCUUAUGGAAAUAAAAUGAAAGAACUUUAACAAAUAUACAAAACAAUAAGUUUUUUGCUUAACGUUGAGUAACUGUUUGAAAUCAUGUUGAGAUUUAAAGUGUAAAAAGACAAUGUAAGCAAUGGACAGUUUGCUGUGUUCACUCAAAGUAAUAUAAAACGCCGCAAGCAUUCUUACGAAACGCUUUAAUCUUCGAUUGAGAUUAGAUCGCAGUAAGUAAGCAGAAUACAGGCAUAAGGUGCGCAAAUUACCGUAGACGACAGCUAACACAUUGAAUAAAGAGCGGCGUGGAUAACGAGAAA